AUGAAGUGGUUCUUCGUGGCUCUUCUCUCAACUCAGGCAUACCUGGUUUUAUCCUGCGCUUUUGAUAGAGUGGAAACGUUGACUGGCAGUGAUCGUUAUAGUUUUGAUAGUCUCAACGACUGCCGCGUGUUCUUUGCUGGGGAAAAGAAACACAAGAAACGAGACGGAACCGUUUUGUACAGCUUUCAACGCGACGAUAUGGAUUCGACGGGAUGCACGAGAUUUGUGAACAUCUAA